AUGAGCUUGCUACAAGGCGUGCUUAAAUCGCAAUCACAAACUCAUGAUUUGAAUGGACAAUAUCUGUCUUCCAGGCAAUCUCAGCCUGAGAAUGACUCAGAUGAUGAACUCGUUGGCGUGUUCUCACUGCCAGGGACGCCAACGAGGUCGAGGGGACCUUCACGCCCCUCAUCGCGCCCUGUAUCACCAACACGAAGGGGUCUUACUCGCUCGUCGAGUGGACUGCCAUUGAAGGGUCUCUCGAGCGACCCCCUAAAGGCAUUUCCAACUCAAGUAUCGCAAGGAAUUUUCAGGUGGCUUGGGAUAUCUGAGCUCGCGACUUGCGCCAGGGUAUCGAGAAAGUGGAAUAAGAGUCAGACGCUGAACUACAGCAACGUGCGGUAUGCUAAUGGUCUGUUGUUACAAGUUUGGUUUCAGCAUUAUAGGAAGGAAAACUUCCAUGACGAAAAUCUUCCCCCUGGAAAGUGGACCAGAAGGGAGUCGAAGCAGAAUUGGCGGAUGACCUACAUUAAAUCUGUGUCGAAUCGCUCGCCUCCAUCAUCACCCUUGCCUUCGAGAGGCUCGGGCCGCACCUCGCCGUCACAGUCAGGCUAUCAAACACCAAAAGAACUUAAAGAGGAGCAAUGGCGACAAGAGGAGCUUAUGCAAAGCCGGCCAGGCAAGUUGGAAAUGAGAGAAAUGUACAAGGAACUGGGUGGCCGCAAGAGCCGGACCAAGGGAAAGCUGGGAAGCUCUGGGGGUCAUAGAGACCGGACGGGUUGGGGAGAAUGGAGACGAGUAAUUGAAAGCUUGCAAGGUGGUAUGUACAUAUUUUCUUGGAGAUUAUCGCAAAAGUUGUGGGAUAUGUUUUAUAAGAUCUGA